AUGUCUCGAGUAGUACGUGGAAUGGAAGUAGUCUAUCAGCGGGUGCCGGGGGACAUUGGGGGGAGUGCUAGGAACAUGGGAAAUGGUGGGCACAACCAGCGCUCACAUUUACAGUUAUUUGGUCAAGCCAAGGAACAGAUCGAUGACAUCUUCAAAGAAAUUGGACAAUUUGUUCAAGAGACAGACACGUUAGUUGAUGAGAUCGGAACCACUUUUCAAGAGAUUCUGCCAGCAGAUGUUAGUGCAAAGGUCAAGGGCUAUAAGGAGAAAGUUCAAGACAUCCGAGAAGUCAUUCAGAGGAAAGGCAUGAAGGUUGUAGUUUUUGGAAGAACUUCAAAUGGAAAGAGCACCGUCAUCAACGCCAUGUUGCGAGACGAGAUUAUGCCGAGCGAGGUUGGCCAUACCACUCACUGCUUCAUCCAGGUGGAAGGGUCGGACUCAAGAGAAGCCUGUCUUCUCACUGAGGAAUCCGACCAACCCAAGAACCUCGAGCUACUCGAACAGUUGGCCAACAAUCUGAGUGAUCAGAGACUCAAGUCUAACUCUCUUAUUCGGAUCCGGUGGCCAAAGGAUAAGUGUCGUCUGUUGAGGGAGGAUGUGGUGUUUGUUGAUAGCCCUGGCGUUGACAUUGACACUUACAAUGAUUUCUGGAUUGACCAGUUCUGUAUGGAUGCGGAUGUGUUUGUUCUGGUGGCCAGUGCAGUGUCCACACUGACGCAGACAGAGAAGAACUUCUUCCACAAAGUGAGCUCUCGUCUUUCGAAACCCAACAUCUUUGUACUACAGAACCGCUGGGAUGAGUGCGCUAAGGCGAAGAAAGUGGAAGAUGUGAGGAGGCAACACAUGGAGAGGAGUAUUGCGUUUUUAGUGGACGAGCUAAAGGUGGUUGACAAGAAGACAGCCGAGGACCGAGUGUUCUUUGUGUCAGCUCGUGAGGCCCUGGUUUCCAGGCUGCAGCAGGACAAAGAAACGCCUGUCCCCAGUGGUGUAUUGCGGAUCGGGUAUGAAAAACGACUUUCCGAAUUUGCCAAGUUUGAAAACCAAUUUGAGCAAUGCAUCUCCAAGUCUGCUGUGAAGACCAAGUUUGAGCAGCACACUGUGAGCGGCAAAUCCAUCACAUCCGAUGUCAGGGGAAUCAUGGAGCAGGCAUAUACCACAAGUCUACAGCUGAAAACUAACCAGGAAAAAAAGCGACAGGACAAAGAGGGUGAGCUAAACGUCCUGGAGAAGGAGCUGACCUGGCUGAACGAUGACACGAUUAAGGCCUUGGUGGAAGAGAUGGAUAGGAAAGUCAAAAAAGCGCUGGAGGAGGAGGAGACCGGCCGCCUGUCUGCCCUGGUGGAGCAAUAUGACCAACCCUUCUGUGCUGACAAGGUCAAAGAUUACAAGAAGGGGUUGAAUGCACGUGUAAAGGAGGAGGAGAUAGGACGUGACCUGAAGGAUGCUUUCUUGGCAAGCAUCAACACCAUUGAAGCAAGGAUGGCAGAUCAACUGCCAUCCAUUCUACGAAACGAGACGAGACCAAUGCCGUAUGAUCUCAUUCCAAAUAGAGAUGAUUGGAUGGCUCGUGCACUUAACUGUCAUAAUCUUUAUGAGGACUUUGAAGAGGACUUAAAUUUCAAGCUUCCCUCCUCCCUUCAGUUGACUGAAACUCAGGUGGCAUAUUUACAAGCAGCUGGAGCUGUUGCGUGCGUUGCUGCGAUAAACAUUGAGACAGUCGCGCCAGCAGCACCAGUAGUACCAGCAGUGAUAUGCAGUGUCAAUAUGCUACCCAAGGUGUGGGAAUGGUGGGUCUGGACGGAUAAGCAAAAAGGGAAGGCUUUCAAGCAACAGUAUAAGAUGUAUGUCAGCAGCAAACUCACAGACAUCAAAUCUGAAUGUAGAAGCAUGGUUGAUGGGGAGCUGUCGUCUAACUUUGACCAACUGUGUCAACAGGUAAAGAGAACCAAGGACCAGCUGCAGGAGGACCUCGACCAGCUGAAUGUCACCAUCUCAAAGCUGGGGGGAGAUCUCUGGCAAGUCCAAAUCUCUGAGGGACAAGGCUGACAGGUUGGAUGGAGAACUGAACACAUUUGUUGAAACUUACUUGAAGGAGUAGAGUGUAGGAAUCUAACCAGCGGAACCCUGACAGUGAAGAUCCUGAUACCCAGCCUAGUGUAGCAGGGUGACUCUCUCAACAUUGGACAGUACAACUGAGCACGGGGUGAACUCAUAGUGCAAAUACAACUCAGAAAGUUGUAUUGUUAUAUACAAGAGUAGUUAUUGAGCUUCCAAAACAUUAACAUGGAAUUUUGAUUCGUAACUGUGUACUUCUAUUUUAGUUAACCCCAAUCAAAGUCAGAGGAAGGGGGGGGAUUAAAACAUUUAAACAGCUUUGAUACCAAAAAGCAACAGAGUGGUAUGGUGCCAGCAGAUUUCCGAGGUGAAAUUCUCAGUUCGAUACUUAUAAGCAAUGUCAUUAUUUAGCGUUGACAGAAUUUGUAACUGUGAUAUAGAUAUGUCGUUGUCACAGUCAAAACUCAAUGU